AAUUAUCGCUAAUUUUAUAAUCGUUAUAUUAACUUAUUAAUUAUUGCUGUUUUGUUCGCGUUCUUGUUAACAAGCUUUUAUUUGAGCAAAUUAUUGAUAUUUAAAAAAUUGCGGUAUAGAAUUGACGGCUACGCGCAGAUCUAUCUUAAAACUAUAACUUCCCUAGCAGCUAAAAUCGCUAGUAACUAGCGACAUAUACUUCAUUCUGCAAAAAGCAGCACCAGCCACCACAGACUGCAGGUAGUGCAGGUGCGGACACUGCGGACAGUGCGGAGGCAGAGCAGAGUACAGUUUGUAGGUACCACGAGGUGUCGAGGUAUUCUGUCAGUGCAGAUAGAUGUGUAUAGAGGUUAACUACGAAAAGUAAUACUCUAAUCAGAGACAUUCGUGAAGAUGCGAUUAAAUUAUUACACGGUGCUCGGGUGUAGCGAGAAUUCCACUCAGGAGGAGAUCAAGUGCGCUUACCAUCGGCGCUUGCUACAGUUUCAUCCCGAUAAGAACGAUACCGUAGAUAUCCAACAGUUUCACAACGUUAAAGAAGCUUGGCGGAUACUCGGACAUUCACAGUCCAGAAAGAAGUAUGAUGCGGCUUGCAAGCAGGAACAAUUAGAAGAAGAGGAUAGUCUAGUGUACGCACGUAUCUCAUCGAACGAUCUUCAGGAAUCCGCUGUCAAAGAUCAGUUGUUUUAUCGCUGCAGAUGCGGCGAAAAUUACUUCGUUCAUCAAGAAGAUCUUCAAAAAAGGAACAUUGAGCUUCAAAUAAUGUGCGACGGCUGUACGCUUAUUCUCAUUGUCGAGACAUAGCACAUCGGCAUUAUAGCUUGUACAACAAAUUAUAAUCUCUAAUAAUGGACUUUUUGAAAAAGCCUAUAAAACGUGGUUCAUUUUUAUUUAUUUAAGGAAUUGUUUAUGCAAACAAGAUGCACCUCUGUGCAACAAGAUUAUAGUAUGGUAAUAUGGCAAGAUAACACCCACAGCUAUAUAGAAAGAGUCGAAAUCGAACAUUUAUUUUGUACAAAAUAUGUUUCUUAGCACAAGAACAUGUUUACAGUUUGUAAUAAAUUUAAAAAAAAAAAA